UGAAAAUUGACCGACAAAAGAAAGAGAAAAGGCACAACAACAUCGCUCCACUUUCCUCUGAAUCCAAACCUUCUCCCCCCACGCGUCUUCUACUUUCUUGUCUCCUGCCUCGCCUGGGUUUUAAAGCAUAAUCAUGUAGUCCUUCAUACCCAAUUUUCUUUUUAAUUCGUUUCCUCUUUCCCUUCAACCAAACAAUCAACUUAACAACCAGGAAGGAAAGAACAGAAAAGAAAAGACCCAGUUUUGUUUUUUUCUUUCUUUAGGUUUUGGUUUUUCUUUGUACCAUGCCUUUUCCGUGGAAGAAAGCCAAAGUUACUCGUAUCUCCCGGCUGGUUGCCGACCUCCACCAAUCCCCCAAACGCGGCGGAUCGCUUGUGGUGGAGACUGGAUUCCCAACCUCCCUCAUCGAUCUCUUCGUCAAGAACCGUGAUCGCUUGAGGAAAUCCUCCAAAAGGAAAUCCAGUCCCAGUUCCAGCCCCCCCCAGAUGCAAACCCCUCCCACCCUGCAUCAACCCUCCUCGCCUCCCAAAUCAUUCCCUUCCCCUCCAUGCAAAGAAGAGCUACGAUCUCCUGACGUAGAUGUUGGGCAGUUAGUGUUGGUCAAGAGAGAAUGCGAGGAGAGGAUUGCCUUCCAUGCGGCGUUUAAAAUUUUUCUAGUGGUAGCUCUGGCUGUCAGUAGCAGGAACCUUGCGGUUUGGUUCAUGGUGGCGGCAUUCUUGCUUGUGCUAGUAGAGUUUGUUGGGACGCGGUUUUUUGGUUUCUUAAGACCAGAGUCUAAGAUGCUUUUAUUGGAUUCUUGGAUUCAAAAGGGUUUGCUGGUUUUGAAGAGAUGGGAUUGGGAACAAGGAUCAGCGCAGGAAUUGGUUGUGAAACAACAAGGCACUCUCUUUUCUGAUUCUUAUGGGUUGACUGAAUUGGAAGAUGAUUGCGUUGAGGAAAUUCAGAUCGCGGAAUCGAAAUUUGAUUCCGUAGAUAAGGGGUGUGACAGUGAAAGUUUGGAGACGCAGAUAAAAGUGGAGGGGAUGGAGAAAAUAAGGGAAAUCUUGAUAUGUAGAAGUGAGCGUAGUCGGAGUGCUAGAAUCAAAGCAAAUUUGAUCAGGAAAUUAGUGCCAAAGAAGUUGCGUAAUGGAAAGAAGCAGGGGAAGAGUAAUGACAGGGAUGAACCAUGUACUCAAUCGGGAGUGGAAAUAGAUAAAUCAGACAAGAUUGAAGAGGGAAAACAAGGGCCGGAGGCCGAUGAUGGAGAAGAUGAAUCACAAGUAGAGGUAGAGGAAGAAAGUUGCAAGCAAGUUGAGGAAUUAGGAGACAGGAUUUCAACUUGUGCUCAACUUUUGUGGGUUGAGGAGUCAGGAAUGGGAGUAGUUAAAAACAAAGUGGGGAAUGAUAGAAAAGGGAAAUCAGGGUAUCUGAUUCUGUUUGUGAUCGUUCUAGCUGGACUUGUAGGUGGGCGGGGUCUUGCCCUUUUGCUUACACUUGUAUGGUGUUUGAUAGUAAGAUAUAUUGGAUUUGGGAGGCUAAGGAGAUGCUGAAAUGGGGCACAUGAUCUUUCUCUCCUGUCCCAAUCCUGAUGCGCCACAUUGAUUUCUAGGGUGUGGCAGCUUGUCUGAGAAGAAACUAGAAAGCAUCAGCAUCUUCUCUCUAGCUUUUCAAGUGGUUCUGUAGAUUUAGCUUCUGGUUGAAUCUGCUGCUUGAAGCGUGGCUGAUGAUAGGGAGUAGUGCCAACGUGUCUGUCGGGCAGGGCAACUUGAUUUUGUUGUAAUUUGAACUGUAAAUUCACAUAUAUACAACAUUCGUUGAUUUAACUCUGCAA